AUGAACGCAGAAGCAUACUUGCGCAAACAGGGAUGGCAGGGCAGCGGCCACUCUCUCGAUGGCGAGGGGAGAGGUAUCAAGAAGCCCCUCCUCAUAGCCCACAAGCAGGACCAGCUCGGCUUGGGCAAGAAGAAGGCGGCCUACACAACAGACGAUCAGUGGUGGAUGCGCGCUUUCGACGAGAGUUUGAAGAACAUUGGAAGCGGCCAGGAUAGCACCCUCAGUCAGAUCCAGAAGAAGGGCAUCAAUCGUGGCGGCCUUUACGGCUUCUUCGUGAGGGGCGAGUCGAUUGCCGGUACUCUUGGAGAUUCAGACAGCUCGGCAGUACCCACCGACGCCUCCGCCGCACCAUCUGGCACCAGCACGCCCGCCACCUCAGCCUCGGAUAGCGAACCAGCCAAGAAGUCCGACGCGAAGAAGAACAAGCGCAAGCGGGAAGCUGAUAAGGAGAUCAGCAAGAGCAAGAAGUCGAAUAGAAAGAAGGAGGCAUCAGGCGAGAAGGCUGCGAAAAAGCUGGCAAAGAAGGUUGCCGGUCUCAGUGUUGACGAGAAGACAACGUACGAGAAACGUGCAGCAGCCAAGGGUCAGACCCUUGAAGUCUAUGUUGCACGGCGCAUCCAGAAGAAGAAUGAGCAGCGCGAGAGCAGAUGA